GGGCAGCCCGGGGGCGUUAUUAUGGGAUGGAAGGGUUGCUACGGGCCAUCCCCAGCGACAAUCAGGCGGUGUCAGAGGCUGGCCCCCGCCCAUUGGUUACUGCUGGGGUACCAUCGAGUUUUCAACUGGCUAGAGUGGCGAUUCUGAACUCUGUGGUUCCAAGUGUGGCUGGAGAGUCCCUGCGAGGGCGCCAGGGCUGUCAGCACUCAUAGAGCGGAUGUAGCCGAGAGAGACCCUGUACUCUAUGGUUAAAAGUGUGGAUGGAUCGCCACUGGGAGGGCUGUCGGGCAUUAUAGAGCGCCGCCUACUCUCGAUGGUUAUAUGGGGCGCGAAGAGGCGCGCGGCCUAGCGUGGCCUGGAAGAGGAAGUGAUCAAGCACCAGCCAGUAUGUCGUCCACCUCCCAGAAGCACCGGGACUUUGUGGCUGAGCCCAUGGGGGAGAAGCCCGUGGGAACUCUGGCCGGAAUUGGGGAUGUUCUUGGAAAGAAGCUGGCGGAUAAAGGCUUUGACAAGGCAUAUGUGGUACUUGGACAAUUCCUGGUUCUGAAGAAAGAUGAAGAACUCUUCCGGGAAUGGCUGAAAGACACGUGUGGAGCCAACGCCAAGCAAUCCAGAGACUGUUCUGGCUGCCUGCGGGAGUGGUGCGACGCCUUCUUGUGAAUGUUGGCUAUUGUUGCCUCCGCACCAGCAGUCACUAUUAUGGCUUUCAUAGUUAGCAGGGAAAAAAAAAUCUUCCCAACCCUUCCACUUUGUACCCAAAUCAAAGGGCAGAAUGGAAUUAAUAAUUUAUGGAAACCCUGUGGCAUUUAGAAUGUCUAUUUACAUGGCUCUCAUCUCUAGCCAGAAAGAAAAUAAUUGUCCCUGGAACCUGCUGUUAGUGUAACUAACCAGAUUUCUUCUGGGGAAAGAGAGGGUAAUGUUCUAUUCUACACCUUUGUUAGAUCUUUGUUUUGAAUUUUAUAGAUACAGGGUUCCUCACUGUUUCAGACCAGCUAACUCCUAAAGCCUUAAUAAUCCACGUGCUUGUAAAGGGGAGCGUUUUCAUUGUCUUAAUUCGAACUCUUAUUGAUAUGCGGCUUGCUCACUGUUAGUUUAAAAAAAAGUUGUGGUUUUAAGCUUAUUCUGGCUUAUUUCUGGAGCAGUUAUUUGAGGACCCUCCAGAUUGUUUUAUGCCACUUGGCUUUCUUUGGAAAAGUAACAGUGGAAGAAAACAUUGUAACAUUUUUUUAAAACAAUAAAAAUCAGCUGUGUUAAUAUUC